CAAGCAUGGCGCUGCUCAAAGUCAAGUUCGACCAGAAGAAGCGGGUCAAAUUGGCCCAGGGACUCUGGCUCAUGAACUGGCUGUCGGUGCUGGCUGGCAUCGUCCUCUUCGGUCUAGGGCUGUUCUUGAAGAUUGAGCUGCGGAAGCGGAGCGAGGUGAUGAACAACGCUGAGAGCCAUUUUGUGCCCAACUCCCUGAUCGCCGUUGGGGUGCUGUCCUGCGUCUUCAACUCGCUGGCCGGCAAGAUCUGCUACGACGCGCUGGACCCGGUCAAGUACGCCAAGUGGAAGCCCUGGCUGAAGCCGUACCUGGCCGUGUGUGUCCUCUUCAACGUGGCCCUCUUGCUGGUGGCUCUCUGCUGCUUCUUGCUGCGCGGCUCCCUGGAGAGCACGCUGGCCCACGGGCUCCGCAACGGCAUGAAGUACUACCGCGACACCGACACGCCAGGCCGCUGCUUCAUGAAAAAGACCAUGGACAUGCUGCAGAUCGAGUUCAAGUGCUGCGGCAACAACGGCUUCCGGGACUGGUUUGAGAUCCAGUGGAUCAGCAACCGCUAUCUGGACUUCUCCUCCAAAGAAGUCAAGGACCGCAUCAAGAGCAACGUGGAUGGGCGCUACCUGGUGGACGGGGUCCCCUUCAGCUGCUGCAACCCCAGCUCACCACGCCCCUGCAUCCAAUAUCAGCUCACCAACAACUCGGCACACUACAGCUACGACCACCAGACAGAAGAACUCAACCUGUGGGUGCACGGCUGCCGGGACGCCCUGCUUAGCUACUACAGCAGCCUCAUGAACUCCAUGGGCGUCAUCACGCUGCUCGUGGGGCUCUUUGAGGUGACCAUUACGAUUGGGCUGCGCUACCUGCACACGGCAUUGGAGGGCGUGUCCAGCCAAGAGGAGGCUGAGGGCGAGACUGAAGGCUGGUUGCUGGAGAAGAGUAUGCCCGAGACCUGGAAGGCCUUCCUUGAGAGCUUGAAAAAGCUGGGCAAGGGCAACCAGGUGGAGGCUGGGGGUGCCGAUGCGGGCCAGGCCCCUGAGACGGGCUGAUGGCCCCUGGACCACCUGUUCCGAACUCUGAG